AUGUCAUCCCCGGUGACUAGCGCACCGCCUGCACCACCAUCUCCAGUUGAGGUGCAUCAAGUGAUCGCACGCGCAGGACAACGUGGCCAGUGGGAGCGCGCCACUCAUCUUUUCUUAGGUGCCCUGCACAGUCACUGCGUGCCUCUUGCCGAAACAUAUCAGCUGGUUCUUCUGGCUGCACUACGUGGCGGUGGAUGGCAGGCUAGCGUGCAACUCACGAAACAAGUGGCAACCAGCACUCUCUCGACAACAGCCCUCUACCACACCGCGGCGGACUUACUGCUCGCCACACCGACUGUUGACGUGUGGACUUCGAGCAAGUCCCUUGAUCGGGUAAUUCUGGAGGAACUCGUACCGCUCAUGCUGGCCGACGCCACGCGGCACGUGGUAUGGCGUCCGCGACACCGUGUGGCCGUACUGCAAGCCCUUGGGAAGGCAGAGAGACCCCAGAAGAUGUCAGUCUUGUUUCGUCGAUGGACAGCGUCAACUUAUCUUUACGGUGGAGUUUCACGACUCCGGUGCAGCGAGGAGGAAGGUACUCUGCUUAUGGCGGCGUUCGGCGCCACCGGAGAUUGGCGCUCUGCGGAAACGCUCCGGGCAAGCCUCUCCCAGGCCUCUGCACCACUUCUUGUCAAUUAUGUUCGCGCAUUCGCCGUGGCGCUGCAGCAAACCGGAGUGUCAAGCCUAGCUGAGCCACAGCAGCUUGUUCCGUGGGAAAUGGCGUUAGACAUUGCUGCCGCGAGCAAGCAGGAUGCGCCGCUGCUGGCAGCUGUAACGGAGCUGUUGAACGCGGCGCGUCAUGCCGCAGGCCCCGCCGACGGAGCUCGCUGGUGGUGGGCAGCUAGCACCUCUACACACGCGAAACUGGCAGAGCUGCGCAGGCGUGUUGCAAUCUCCACUCGUGCGGCAGCUCAGUUGCUGGUGGAGUAUCACGUGACGGCCGUACAGGUUAAGAACUUGCUAGAUGCCGUGCGUAUCUCUGGAGUCCUGAGCUCAGAGGCGGCAGAGGUUUCUCCGUACUAUGUGGAAUGGGUGAAUGUGGUGCUGGUUCUGAGCCAGUAUUGCCCCCAUGCGUUGGUGUCCUCUGACGGGUGCGCCGACGGGCUCCUGCUGCUGCUGCCGCAUCCUCAUCAGCAAGUUCGACAGCAGCGGGAUGGCUCGACACUGCAUAGCCUCGCUUUGUGGCAAUACGUGGUGCAGAGUGUCACCGGCAGAGAUCUUACGAACCCUACCAGUGUAGCGAGGCACGUUAUCUACACGUCAUCGGUGCUGCAUUAUGUGCGCCACGCUGCCCUGCAACCGGCGCAGCUGACAAAGGCUGAGGGCUCACUAAGUGCCGCGUUGGCGCGGCAGCUGUACCUCAUUGACCAUCGUCUCACACACGACGCUCUUCUCACCAGUUCCACAGGCAAGCCCGAUGCGCUCUCUGUCUUGCUCCGCACCGUCAGCGCGCACAUCCAUGUGCCGGCGGCAGAGCGCUGCGUCAGGCUGCUGCUGUGCGACGAGGCUUCCAGUGUUGGUGAGCUGGUGGACGGGCUGUUGCUCAGCUUUCUGGGGCCUCUCAACGCUCUGGGGACACCUGGGGAGAUGUGCGAAGCUGUGUGCGUUGCCAGCGAGGCUGCUCUACUCUCAUCCCCUUUGUGCUACUCCUCCGCCCAGCUUGUGUGCCUCACUGUAUGGUACACCUGUCACCAACUGCAGCGUGGUGUUCCUCUGGUUGCGCUGCGGCCUGCGCUUCACCGCACUGCUUCGCUUGUCCAGCAAAUUCCACGCUCCGCGGAUGCGUUGAUGCUGCUGAGCACUCAAUUGCAGUGGUGCUGGGGUGCUUCACUGGAGGCACUGCGGUCGCAGGCUGUGCCCAUCUUGCUGCGGCGUGAAGAGUGGGGUAUCCUUGCUCGGCUGCUCGAGUGCUGCCCUCAACCACUGUCGAUGCAGGAGCAGCACAUCCUGGCGCGCUGCAAGGGCGGUGCCAAAGUGACUGCGCUGCAGAACCUUGUUACAGCACAAUUCGCGAAGCCCGCGUGGGAGUACUGGCAAGGCGAGCUGUGCGGUACCGCUCCGGAAUUGCCUCUGCCCACGUCCCUGCACGACAGCCUCGUCUCUCUUCUCUUGGCCCAGGGGCUCGUGACGGAGGCUCACACGGUGUUGGCUGGAAGUGGUGCGUCGAUGGCCCGUGUGUCGCGCACAACGUUGUCUCACAUCGGGCUGCGCGCCUACAACUAUGCGAGACGGUGGCGGCGGCGCCAGAAGGGGCUGCAGCUGGCAGAAUUGUGGGACGUGGCCGCACUAGGGGAGGGGGGAGCAGAUUUUGACGACAGUGAGGUCCGGAGACGCGAGUUGACGAUGGUCCUUGCACUGUACGCUAGCUUGGCCCUGGAACACACCCAACGAGCGGCGGAUGCAUUUCAGGUGAUUGCAGCUGCAGUCGACUAUGUGCUCCAAUACGACGAAGCGCAUCACCAUCGCAGCCCACAACGCCCACUUGACUUCACAACGCUGCACAAGACGGAUACGCAGCUUGCGGCGCACCUUCCCGACUACGUGCAAUGCACCGCGCCGCGCCUCAUCUGCGCUGCACUCGACUUCGGUGAUGGGUCAUCAAGCCAGCCUGCAAUGGACAACGCCUGCUCAGAAGUUGACGGCGGUGCCGUUUCAGAGGCGGUGCGUACCGUGGAGUUUCUGCUCCCCCUCACCUCAACGAGCGAAGCGGCGGUGGUGGCGUGGUCAGAGACGGUGGCACAGCUCUACACGGCGGCCGCCGCCGGUGCGACACAUGCCAUGUCAGCAGUUGCAGCGUUGGGGCAACGGCUGCUAUGUCAGGCAGCGGGGCAAAAGGUCGCAGUGGCGCCGUCAUUUCUGCGUCUCGUGCUUGCGACAGGGCCGCUCUCCACCACCCUCCUUGCAGCAGCUCGACAGUGUCUCCUCCUGAUACGUGACAAGACUCCCACCGACCCUUGCCGUGCAGAUGUCGCCACUACUGCCAUGCAGGUGGCGCUUUUGCUCGCCGACUCUGGCAAGCACUCUGAGGCACUGGAGUGGGUAGAGAAAUUUGAGCUAUGGGCAAGGGGCGAGGCAGCGGCGAAGGGGGAAACAGUGCCGGACCCGCAGACGGUGAUGGAUUCGGCAACGCAGCUGUCGUGGCUGCAGGUCGCCCACAGAACGGCACAGCAGCGCGCUGAUCAGCGCGCUGCCCUCUGUCAACGUCGCCGCGAGGCGCAGACUGCUGUCAGCAGAGUCAGUGUGAUGCUGGAGCUCUACUCACGGGAUGCUCUCAAUCGUCUUAUCGAUUGUGAUGCGUGGGAGGAGGCACUGGACGCUUUCCUAUACGUGGUGGCCACUCCACCUGACGUAGAAAGCCUCCUCUCUGAAGGUUCAAUGGAGCUGAUGUUACUCCGCGACGCAUACCUCUCCGCGGAUGUGCUGAACUGCGUCUUGCUAUGUGUAGCCCGUUCUGCACCGUGGAGAACCACAGUGCAGGCGUGGAUGCUGCUCAUCAGUCAAGUCCCUCUUCUCCCCUGGAGAAAUUGCGCUGCUGCUAUAACCCCAAGCAUACACGAGCUGCUGAGUGCGAUGACGCGUGAAAAUGCGCUGCCCCACGAGGUCGGCGCCGUCGUGGAGUGGAUGGUGGCGCAACUGAAUUUGCCUACGUCUGCAACUUCUGUUCUUUGCUCAUUCUUCGCUGACUGCGUCGGCGCCUCAUCGUCGACUGGUGCUGGAUGCGCGUGGACAGCGGCAGAGGCGCAGCUGUGCGCCGAGAUAAUUGCACAGCUGCGACGACUGUGUAGCGAGCAACGCGUGCAGGAGGCUGGGCGCGCUAUUUCGGAGGCUCAAGAGGUCCUUUUCCCACCCCCCAUUCACACCCUGGCGCCCCAUAGCGAGGAGGCCACGGCGCUGUCGGUGGCUCCUUUGGCAGGAUCGUGGCUGCCCCCAGGUCGCCCCCCGCUGUCGGCGGAGGAGGUCGACACACUGGCUGUUGUGGCCCCGCUGCUGCUCCUCUCCUCAACGCCGCAGCUAGAGUCUCUCGCACGGCAACAUCUGGGCGGCGUGUUUCAGGCACAUGAACUUAAGGCUCUUCUCCACCUUUACCGCGAAGAGCUCCUCCAGCGUAUCGCCGCCGCGCGUGAGCCUGACGCGUCGAUCGUUCAGUACCUCGCGCAAAAUGCUACCUUGCGCGUGCUUCUCUCUCAAGGCGCGGAGGUGAGGCAAGCACAACACCCCGAGCUGCGCACUCGCAACAGAGCUGCGGCGGCAUGGAUGGUGCAGCACGUCUUUGACGGCUUCUUGCCACUGAGCACAGCAGAGGAGCUCUGGAGAGCGUGCGAAGAGCCUGCGGCGCGACUGGCAGAGUGUCGGUGGUCCGCUGUAGCAGAGGCAGAGCUGUGCGAGUUGUUGUUGCAGCACCACGGCAGGCCCCCGACGAAGCUGAGCACCGCACCACACUUGACACGGCAAGCCAUCGCCCACUACUGGAGCUGCUUCCACCGCGUUCUUCUGCCGGAUAUGCAUUUUGAUCCGCUGGAGCUGUGCUGCCUCGCCUCCUACGCUCCAGCUCUUACCGAGGCGCGGGCACUGUGCCCGGACAUAACGAAGCCGGCCUACGCCGCCGCCGUUGCCGAGCUCGCCAGUCAUGCAUACAAGUCGCACUUCUGCCCCAGCCGCGUACCUGCCGAGGACACCCUCGCCUACACACGUCGCCCUCACUGCCCAGCCGCAAUCGCAGCAGUCAUGACACGCGCUUUCAAGAAACUCAAGGUGCUGCACGCACAGCUCUCCAAGGUCAGCAGCGCGGCGGCGUGCGGCUAUUGUUUCCCGUUUCAGUGGGACACCAGGCCCGCCGCUGCUGUGCAGUCGCCACCGGAGCUGGAUCGGCAGAACCUUGCCACUGCCGCUCGGCGCAUUGCCCAUGGUGCGACGCCUGCAACGGAGGUGGCCCCCGUUCGCGCGUCCCACGCAUGCAUUACAUCACCGUUGCUGCGCCAAUGGACGCAGUGGGCGACGAGGAUGGCGUACGCCGCCUCGCCAAAGUCAUUACCGCAGGCGGCUUCACUGCUACUUGUGGAGUGGACGAAGGAAGCGCUUCAGCCGGGCUCCGGCCACCGUCGUGCAGAUCAAGCUCGCAGUGAAGCCCUUAAAGCCGCCGGCGGUGAUAAUGGGGUGCGUGUGUUGUGGCAGGAGGUGGCACGAGCAGGGAAGCGCGAACUGCAGCAACGCCGGUGCCGUGACCUUAGUGUGGUGUGGCGACUCCUCACCAGUGCAGAGGUGUGGCGCAUCAUGGACGCUGGGCACGUGGUGGUGCUGCGCAAACUUGUGUGUCCCUCCAACGCCAAAGUCACAGCACUGCCCCCCAAGCACGAUGCGGCCAGAUACGACACGAAGAAGCCGCAGCGAAAGGAAAAGGGGGGCGGUGCGUAG